AUGGUUGAUGCUCGGCCUAUGCCCGCUCCUACAAUGAGCAGUCUCAAGCUUGAUACAUCUGGUGCAGUCUUUGAUAAGCCAUUGUUGUAUCGCUCUGUGGUAGGUGGAUUACAAUAUGCCACCAUCACAAGACCGGAUAUUGUGUUUACGGUGAACAAGGUCUCUCAAUUUUCGCACACUCCCUUGGAGCAACAUUGGAAGGUUGUGAAGCCAGAUCCAGUGGACAGAAAAUCUUACACGGAAUACUAUGUGAUUCUAGGAUUGAAUCUUUUUUGCUGGUCGAGUAAAAAGCAUGUUUCAGUGUCCAGGUCCAGCACUGAAGCAGAAUUCAGGGCAUUGGCGGAUGCCAUGACAAAUAUCAUGUGGCUGCAGAAGUUGCUAUUUGAAAUGUAUAUCCCUCUGGAUAUAGCACCUACUUUGUUUUGUGAUAAUCAAAGCACCGUGUUAAUGAGUCGAAAUCCAAUUCACCACAACAGAUCAAAACACUUCGAAAUUGACCUACACUUUGUCCAAGACAGGAUGGUUCAGCUGAAGGCACGUGUUGUGCAUAUUCCUUCCUUUGAUUAA